AAAUUCCUGCUGCUUCGCUGUUCAUGAUCUCUUCCUCUUCCUGUCUUUCGUUCUCUCCUCACCAAUUCCCCAGCUACCUUCACGGAUCCCUCCUUCUCCCGCUCGCCGCUCCUCAAUCCUCCCACCAAUACAAACAUCCAUCACAAUGUCUGCCAGAAAGUUAAAGGUUGGCUGUGCCGGUCUCGGUCGCAUGGGCAAGCGUCAUGCCCUCAACUUCUUACAGCGCACUCCCCGCGCCGAGCUCGUCGCCGUCAGUACUCCCGACGACAGCGAGUUGGAAUGGGGCAAGGUCCACCUGGCCCCGUACGGCGUGAAGCUGUACAAAAACUAUGAUGACAUGCUGAAGCACGAGGGCUUGGAGGCCGUGAUUGUUGCCUCCGCUACCGCCGUGCACGCCGAGCAGGCCAUCAAGGCCGUUGAGGCUGACAAGAACGUUCUGUGCGAAAAGCCUCUGUCUACCAGUGUUGAAAUUUCCCAAUCCGUCCUCGACGCCGCAGCCAAGAAACCCCAUCUCAAGGUCAUGUGCGGGUUUUCGCGGCGAUUCGACGCCUCCUACCGGGACGCACACAGCAAGAUGUCCGCGGGGGCGAUCGGCACGGCCUCAGUGAUGCGCAGCCAGACGUGCGAUAAGUUGGACCCAACGGGGUUCUUCGUCGCCUACGCUGAGUUCUCCGGCGGUAUCUUUGUGGACUGCUCAAUCCACGACAUCGACCUGGCGCUGUGGUUCUUCGGCCAGGACAGUAAGGUGAAAUCCGUCUCCGCUGUGGGCAUUACGGCGGUGGAGCCGGACCUCCGCAAGCAUAACGACCGCGACAACGCUGUCGGCCUGGUCGAGUUCUACGACGGCCGCAUCGCCUACUUCUACGCCUCGCGCAUGAUGGCCGCCGGCCAGGAGGACUCCACCGAGAUCAUCGGCACCAAGGGCAAGCUGGCCGUCAACACCCAGCCCGCCAUCAACCUGGUCAACGUCUUCGACGAGAACGGCGUCCGCCGCGAGCUGCCCCAGCACUACUACGACCGCUUCGAGUACGCCUUCGUCACCGAGGCCAACGAGUUCACCGCCUCCUGUCUUGAGAACACCCCCGUGCCCCUGAAGCUGGAGGGCGCCGUCCAGGCGGUGCGCAUCGGGGCCGCCCUCCAGGAGAGUCUGAUCACCGGCGAGAAGAUCAACUUCGAUGAACAGGAGAACCGGAUCCCCAAGGCGAGAUUGUGAGUGUGGGUAGGAGAGGAUAGUCACAAU